CCAUCGCGGUCCCUUACGCAUCUAAAACUACCCCGCGCAAUUGGUCCGUGCCUACGCCUCCAGCAGAGCCAACAGAUCAGUCCUCGUGCUCCUUUAUAAUCUUAGAGCCUCCCACACACACUCACAGUCUGCUCCCUCUUCUCUCCUCUUAUUCAAUUGCACCAGACAGGCUUUGGUUCUUCAAUUGCUCUCCUCUCCUCUUCACUUCUACAUCACCUCCAAGCACAGCUUCUAGCUACCCCGCUCUCACAACACUCCCCAAACAACUCCACAACUCCACAACAUGGUCAAGGCGGUUGUUGCUGGCGCGUCUGGAGGCAUUGGCCAGCCUCUGUCCCUCCUCCUCAAGUCCUGCCAGCUCGUUGACGAGCUUGCCCUAUACGAUGUUGUCAACACACCCGGCGUCGCUGCCGACUUGUCACACAUCUCAACCCCAGCGACUGUAACUGGCUACCUACCCAAGGAGGAUGGCCUGCAGCAGGCCUUGACUGGCGCUGACAUUGUCGUCAUCCCCGCCGGUAUUCCUCGCAAGCCUGGCAUGACCCGUGACGAUCUUUUCAAGAUCAACGCUGGCAUCGUUCAGGGACUCAUCGAGGGCGUCGCCAAGUAUGCCCCGAAGGCCUUCAUCCUCGUCAUCUCCAACCCUGUCAACUCGACUGUCCCCAUUGCCGCAGAGGUACUCAAGAAGGCUGGUGUCUUCGACCCCAAGAAGCUGUUCGGUGUCACCACUCUCGAUGUCGUCCGUGCCGAGACCUUCGUUGCCAGCAUCACCGGCGAGAGCAACCCGGGCAAGCUGAGCAUUCCCGUCAUCGGUGGACACUCUGGCGAGACCAUCGUUCCUCUGUUCAGCCAAGCGAAGCCCAGCGUGAACAUCCCCGCUGACAAGCUGGAUGCUCUCGUAAACCGCGUACAAUUCGGCGGGGACGAGGUUGUCAAGGCCAAGGAGGGCGCAGGCUCAGCUACCCUUUCCAUGGCCUACGCUGGAUACCGUUUCGCCGAGAAGGUGAUCAAGGCCUCCAAGGGCGAAAAGGGCAUUGUCGAGCCCAGCUUCGUCUACCUCCCUGGUGUCGAGGGUGGUGAUGCCAUCGCUAAGACUACUGGCACUGAAUUCUUCUCCGUUCCAAUUCAGCUAGGUCCAAGCGGUGCCGAGAAGGCGAUCGACGUCGUCAGCAGCGCCAACGACCACGAGAAGAAGCUCCUCCAGGCUUGUUAUGAGGGCCUCAAGGGCAACAUCUCCAAGGGCGUCGAGUUCGUCCACAACCCUCCCUCCAAGUAAGCCAACCUGCGCGCUGCCACGGCACGACUCGACCCUAUGUGGGGCAGGGCAC